CACGGUCUGCUCUCCUGCCCAUGCGCAGUAGGUUUGUUUCUGCCUGAUGGAAGAUUAAACGUGGAUUCGGAGGCCCGGGAACGUGGAUAAAUAACAAAAAACGACUUUAAUAUCAGCCGGCAAACUCCUGCCGUUCUUCCCAAUCCGUUUCAGUUGGGCCGGACAGAAGGAAAAGUUGGCUGGUCUUCAGAGGGGCCUGUGGCGGGCGGAUGGCGAUGCUGGCGGAGCCCCGUAGGAAGCAGAAGUGGUCUGUGGAUCCAAGGAAUAACAACUGGAAAAAUGAUGAAUCCAGAUUUGGGUUAAAGAUGAUGGAAAAAAUGGGAUGGUCUAAAGGAAAGGGACUUGGAGCUCAUGAACAGGGGGAAACUGAAAACAUUAAAAUCCAAAUCAAAAACAACAAAGUGGGUCUAGGAGCAACCAAGAAUCAUGAAGACAACUGGAUUGCGCACCAAGAUGAAUUUAAUGAGCUCUUAUCUAAACUAAAUGAUUGCCAUCGGCAGAAUGGCUCGACUGUGGUGGAGGAUAAAACAGUAUUCAGCCUGGAAGAGAAAUCUAAAUCUUCCAAGAAACGAGUCCAUUAUCAGAAAUACACCAAAGGAAAGGACCUCUCUUCUCGAAGUGCUAAUGAUCUUGCCUGUGUAUUUGGAAAACGGAUCAAGCGAGCUAAAGGAUCUAGAGAUGAUGAAAAGGGAACAGAGGACAAUGCCAAUAUAUCAACUCUUGAGGACCCAAAGACUGUUGAUGCCUCAGAGCCCAAAGUUGAAAUUAAUACUGUGACCAGUUCCCUUACAAUGCAAGAGUAUUUUGCCAGUAGGAUGGCACAGCGCAAAAAUCGUAAACUGGUGCAAGAAAUCCAACAAGGCACUGGUGUCCAGGAACUUGUAGGAUUUGAGAUGCAGUCCAAUGAAGAAGUGAGAAUUAAAUCCAAAAAGAAAAAGCGGAACAAAGGCAUUGAGGAGAUUUGUAACUCUGAUCAAACAUUCAUAUCCAAAAAACGAGCAAAAGAUGAAGGAGGCAAAGAGAUAAAUAAUGGAUUGACAGAAGAUGGUCAAAUUAAGGAAAAUUAUCAGUCUCAAAAGUCUAAAAAGUCGAAAAAGAAAGCAAAAUGAACCAUCCAAUGUCUUUUGAGCAAAAGAUUCGGCCACUAGAAGAAGCUGAAUUGGAGGAGGUUCAGGUUGUUCAACACACAGAACCACAAUGGGCAGAACUUGGAAAUGGAUGAUGAUCAACAAAAAGGCAAAUAGGUGGGCAAAUUAGAGGUUUCUCAUUUGUGGAAAAACAAAAUGAAAAGGAUUUGAAAUCUGCAGGAAGACAUUUUAUAGUAAAAACCAUCUAAAUGUUUUUUAUUAUUAAUUGCAAAGCAAAUUAAUAUAAAUAAAAAUGUUGAGAAACCAUUUAAGGGUUUGGUUAUGUUAAUAAUAGUGCUUCUAUGUUCUCAUUUAAGCAACGUUGGUAAUGAAGAAUUGAGUAUUUAAGAUGUAUAAAUAAAAUCAUAUUUUUGAUUUUUUAAAAAAAAGUAAUGCACAAAAUAAUAUGACCUGUAAGUGCAUUAUUGAACAUCACUACUGAAUGUACAC